ACACACACAGUUUUCGUGUUGGUGUGUGUGACAGAGAGAGAAACAGGGAGAUGGUCUGCAGCGCUAAAAUGAGCCUACUGUGCGCACCAGCCACUGGAGCCGCCUUAUCCUCCGCUCUCUUCCUCCACCGCCGCCGCCGCCGCAGCGAGGUCACCCCCUCCUCCACCACCACCACCACUCUCCUUCCCGUCAAUCCGUCCGCAUUCGUUCGAAUAAAUCCCAGUCGAUUACGCCGCCGCCGCCCAAUCGCCGCCGCGUUCGGCGGACCCGUGGUGCAGGACGCCUGCGCCACCGCCUUGGUCGUCGGCGGCGCGUACGCUCUGGUCUCCACCUUCGACAACCUCACGCGCCGCAACAUCAUCGAACAGAAUUUGAGCCGUAAACUAGUCCACAUAUUGUCGGGGUUGCUCUUUUUAGCAUCAUGGCCGAUCUUCAGCACAUCUGCUGGGGCCCGCUACUUCGCUUCUUUAGUGCCUUCGUUAAACUGCUUAAGGCUUGUGUUGAACGGUCUUUCCUUUACAACCGACGAAGGGCUCACAAAAUCAGUUAGUCGACUGGGAAAACCCGAAGAAUUACUCAAGGGUCCUCUUUACUACGUUCUUGUAUUGAUUUUAUGCGCGAUUUUAUUUUGGCGUGAAUCCCCCAUUGGAAUGAUCUCACUAGCGAUGAUGUGUGGUGGCGAUGGAAUUGCUGAUAUCAUGGGAAGAAGAUUUGGCUCCGUAAAAAUUCCUUAUAACCCAGAGAAGAGUUUGGCUGGUAGCAUUUCUAUGUUUCUAUUCGGUUUCUUGGUUUCUAUCGGAAUGCUCUAUUACUUUGUGGCCCUUGGAUAUAUUCAACUUGAGUGGGUCCCGACAGUAGAAAGAGUUGCGUUGGUUGCAUUUGUGGCGACACUCGUGGAAUCGCUCCCGAAUAGAAUAGUUGAUGACAACAUCUCGGUUCCUUUGGCGAGUAUGGUAACUUCGUUUUUGGUUUUCGGUUACUAGAGAGAAAAUUGCACAAUAGCCAUGUUGUUAUUACCUUUUGAUCAUGUAAUAAUACGACAAUUAUAUGUUUGAUUCGUGUCUUUUUAUUCUUCGCUUUUA